UAUUUUCAUUUAUCUAUCUAUCUCUUAACAACUCACCUUGCUUUUCUCUCUUUCCCAAAAUAACCUUUUCCAUUAUUGUAAGCACACAUCAAAUAAACACACAACCUAACCAUCAUCUCCAAUGCCCUAACACCAAACAUGAAGAAAACCCUUUUCAAGCAAAAGCCCAAAACACCCGUCGAGCUCGUGCGCCAUGCCCGGGAACUCCUCAUCUUUCUCCAAUCCAAAACAAUUACUCGAGAAAGUAAACGCGAAGAGAAGCUAUCUGAGCUAUGCAAAACCAUACUGGAAAUAAGGACUGUUCUCUAUGGAAACGGCGAAUCCGAGCCAAAUCCCGAUGCGUGUUCUCAGAUCACUCGCGAGUUUUUCAGAGACGACACAUUUCGCCUCUUUAUCCUCUUUCUCACAAAUCUCAAACUCGGGGCACGCCAAGAUGUAACCCACGUGAUUGCGAACUUGCAAAGGCAGCGAGUUAAUUCGCAGAUAAUUGCUUCUCAGUAUCUGGAAAAAAACCUAGAUCUCGUGGAUAUGCUCGUAUGUGGGUAUGAACUAGAGGGUGACAUUGCUCUCACGUAUGGUGCGGUUGCAAGGGAGUGCAUACGCCACCAGUGCGUAGCGAGGCAUGUCUUGGAAUCAGAGAACAUGAAGAAGUUUUUUGACUAUAUCCAACUACCAAAUUUUGAAAUAGCAUCAGAUGCCGUUGCAACUUUUAAAGAGCUAUUGACAAGGCAUAAAUCUACGGUCGCUGAAUUUCUUUCUAAAAAUUAUGACUGGUUCUUCAGUGAGUACAACUCUCGGUUGCUUGAAUCUACAAGUUAUUUCACUAGACGCUACGCGAUCAAGUUAUUGGGGAAUAUGCUAUUGGAUCGCUCGAAUUCUGCUGUGAUGGUCCGGUAUGUGAGCUCAUUAGAUAAUAUGAGGAUCCUCAUGAAUCUCCUAAGAGAUUCAAAUAAGACAAUUCAAUUGGACACCUUCCACGUUUUCAAGCUAUUUGUUGCAAAUCAAAACAAGCCUCCUGAAGUUAUUAGCAUACUUGUUACAAACAAACAUAAGCUUUUGCAAUUUUUGGAGAAAUUCAACAGCGACAAAGCGGACGAGCAUUUUCAAGCAGAUAAACAACAAGUAAUUAGCGAGAUAAUCUCUCUUGAACACAAGGAUCGUCCAUGCACAUCUUUGGACAACUGUGAAGUUCCAUGUUGAAUACUUGGCGCCACAAUUUUUAAUUAUCUUUCUCUAAUUAAGUCCCACUUUGCUAUGUGAAGACUAGUUGCCUCAUGGUUCUUUUAUUUUGGCAUAUGUUAUUAUUGGGAAUAUAACUUCAAUGAAAAUAGAAGAGGCAACGGAUUUUGACUAACUUA